CUUUCUCUCACUAUAUCUCUAUACACACAAACCAAUCUUUCAAACAUUAUAUACUCUAAUCUUUCUCUUUCUCAUCUUCUCCAUGAGCUUCUAAAGAUAAAAAGCUUGACCCUUCUUUACUUAACCCUUGUUCUUUAAGAAAAAAGAAACAAAUAUUUUCUUCAUCUUUUAUAGCUUACCAAAUCAAAGAAAAGUAUCUCCUCUAGAAACCCUAAUUUUUUUUAAUGAAGAAUCAUCAAGAAGCGAUGAGUAGUAAUACCGAAGAAUCUCUAAAAUCUCUGUCGUUGGAUUACUUAAAUCUCCUAAUCAACGGUCAAGCUUUCUCCGACGUCACUUUCAACGUAGAAGGCCGACUAGUCCACGCUCACCGUUGCAUCUUAGCCGCACGUAGUCUCUUCUUCCGCAAAUUCUUUUGCGGAUCUGAUCCUUCACAAGCUGAUCCGGCUAACCAAACCGGGUCAGGGACUAGAGCAGCCGUUCUUGGAGCGGUCAUACCGGUUAACUCGGUCGGUUACGAAGUUUUCUUGCUUCUGCUUCAGUUCUUGUACAGUGGUCAAGUCUCUAUCGUACCGCAUAAGCACGAGCCAAGAUCGAAUUGUGGAGAUAGAGGAUGUUGGCACACGCAUUGCACUGCAGCUGUGGAUCUCUCUUUAGAUAUCUUAGCCGCGGCUCGUUAUUUUGGUGUUGAGCAGCUCGCGUUGCUUACUCAGAAACAUUUGACAAGCAUGGUGGAGAAAGCCUCAAUUGAAGACGUGAUGAAGGUACUAAUAGCUUCAAGAAAGCAUGACAUGCAUCAACUAUGGACCACUUGCUCCUACCUCGUCGCCAAAUCCGGUCUUCCAACAGAGAUUCUAGCCAAGCACAUCCCAAUCGAACUAGUAGCCAAAGUUGAGGACCUUCGUCUCAAAUCUUCCAUGCCUAUACGUUCCCUAAUGCCUCACCAACAUAACCUAACCUCAGCUCUAGACCUAGAGGACCAAAAGAUCAGGAGGAUGAGACGAGCAUUGGACUCAGCAGACGUCGAGCUCGUGAAGCUAAUGGUAAUGGGAGAAGGACUCAAUCUAGACGAGUCCUUGGCUUUGGUUUACGCCGUGGAGAAUUGUAGUAGAGAGGUUGUGAAGGCACUUCUUGAGCUUGGAGCAAUCGAUGUGAACUAUCCCGCGGGUCCCACCAGGAAAACCGCACUCCACAUUGCGGCUGAGAUGGUCUCACCAGACAUGGUGGCCGUCUUACUCGACCACCAUGCAGAUCCCAACGUUCAGACAGUUGAUGGUAUCACUCCUCUUGAUAUCCUUAGAACCCUAACGUCUGAUUUCUUGUUUAAGGGGACGGUUCCUGGAUUGACUCACGUUGAGCCUAAUAAGCUCAGGCUUUGUCUCGAGCUGGUCCAGUCAGCAGCAUUGGUGAUAUCUCGUGAAGAAGGGAACAAUAGUAAUAACGAUAACAACACCGUGAUGUACCCUAAAGAUGAACACAUGAGCGGAAGUGGUUUGGAUUCAAGAUUGGUUUAUCUUAAUCUUGGAGCUACAAAUCGAGAUCUUGGAGAUGAACAUAGGAAUCAAACGGAAGAAAUGAGCCUGCAUCAUCAUCAUGACCCGCCAAUGAUGUAUCAUCAUCAUAACCAUCACCAUUUUUAGGUUUUUAUAGCGGAUAUCUUUUAACUAUGAUAAUUUAAGACAUUGUAUUUUCAAGAGUUAGUUUAUUUGUUGUUAUGGACUUUUUAUGUGUAUGUGUAUAUGGAUUAUGGAUAUGCGAACAAUUUAAACUGUUGUAUUCCAUGAAGAGUGGAAGGAGGCGAUCAAGAUAAUUAGACCACUAACAAAAUGGUCAUUAGAAAGUGUAUUUUUAUAUGAAACGAA